AUGGCCGACGCCCGUGGAGAGUACUGGUACUUCGAGCCAGGUGUUGACGCUUCCAAGAUUACUGUCCCCGAGCUGAGGAGCAUCUUGCUCAAGCAUGGCGUCAACUAUCCAUCCUCCGCGAAAAAGCCGGACCUGGUCAGGCUGUUCAACGACGCUGUCGCGCCUCAGGCAGCACAGGUGAAGCGGCAGCAGGCGCGGACAAAGCGCUCAACGAGGGGCAUCGUAGACGUUCCCUCCAGCUCUGCCAGCACUGUCACGACCGAGGAUACCGAAGACGAGACUCUUCUGGCACCCCCACCAUCAACGACGAGGCGCACCACCCGCCGCACCACGCGCGCACCGACAGAAGAGUCCGACGUGCCAGCACCACGUGCGAGGACACCUUCGCGCGCAGUGCCAGCCAAGCACAGCAGAGCCACCGAGGUCUUCGAGGCAGACGAGCGGCCUCCAGUCAGGCGCGUCAGGAAGAGUGUGACGCCCGCUGUGAAGGAGCCCACCCCAGAGCCCGAAGCAUGGCACCGCCCAGCCGCCAACAGCCCGUUCACACAAGAGAACCCCUUCCAGAGUGGCAGCUCUCCAACUGCGCCUGAGACAGAGGGGCGUGACCGAAGAAGGAGAACCACGGGGUUUGGUCAGAAGGAGAGGCGCAAGAGUGAAGUCAACCGCCGUAGGACCUUCCAGCCGAACUCGGAGCAGCAGGACGAUGGCGUUGUUGUGCCAAGCCGAGACGAUUUCGACCCGCGCAUCAAAUACGAGGAGCCUGAGUUUACAGAGGAAUUCACACCAGAGGAGCAGUUGGAGCUUGUCCGCGAGCGUGCGAAAGCCGGAGAAGUGGACAUACUGCCACCGCGGAGGCGCAGGAAGCCCAAGGCGACUGGCACCCUGAAGGCCAUGUCUGGUACACUACUCCUCACGGCUGCCGCCUUGUUUGGAGGAGCUUGGAGACAAGAAAAGAUUGCGGUUGGUUUCUGCGGCCUGGGCCGUGAUACCACCAGUCUUGCCGGCAUCGAACUACCGGAGUGGGCAUCCGAUAUUAUACCCCAGUGCGAGCCUUGCCCGCCACAUGCUCAGUGCUAUCAGGACCUCCAGCUUAUAUGCGACCGCGACUUCGUCAAGAAAGAGCAUCCUCUGUCUCUCAACGGCUUGAUACCCAUAGCACCUACAUGCGAACCCGACACCGCCAAGACCCGACAGAUCAACAACGUUGCCGACCGCGGUGUACAGAUCCUGCGACAGCGCCGAGCAAAGUACGAAUGCGGCGAGCCUGAUGCUGAAGGAACCACUGUUGCCAGUCCUGAAAUCAGCCAAGAGGAUAUGAAGAGACAGAUGGCGGCAGAGAAGCGCAACAGCAUGUCGGACCAAGAGUUUGACGACUUGUUCAACCGCGCAUUCCCUGAGAUGGAAAUGCGAGACGAGGUUGUCGCAUCUACUGACGGAACAACCGGAGGAAAACUCGUUGCAUCAAAUUCUCUCGCCGAGCUCAGCCUCGCCUGCAGCGUCCGCAGAUCCGUCAGACGAUCCCUUGAACGAUAUCUUCUCCAGAUUAUUAUGAUCAUCUUCGCCAUUGCUACCGGCUCCUAUGGCAAGUACUCGAUCACCCACAGUCGCGCCAUGGAGACACGCGCAAAGCAACUCGCCGGAGAUGUUUUCGACCGCCUCGCCAACCACGCAGCACUGAGCAUGCAAGAGCCUGGAGCAUACCCAGACAAGGGUGUGAGCAUGACGCAACUACGAGACGAUGUGCUUCGGACUGAAUUCUCGACUUCUCGGAGGCAAAAGCUGUGGGAGAGGGUACAGAAGAAGGUCGAGUUCAAUUCCAACGUUCGUGCGGCGGUCCGAACGACUGCUAACGGUGACGUCGGACGCAUAUGGGAAUGGACCGGUCCUAUCAAGCCGCUUGAGGAUGGACGCAGCAGUGGUAAACGAGAAAGCGGUCGCUUCAGCCACGGCAUGGGUAGCAGCCCUCCAAAUGCAGGGGAGAUGACCCAGAAGUGGGAUGAAGGUCGCCCUAUUUACUAG